GAGCAAGGGAGUCCACACAACCCAAGAGAGAAAGAAGGAGGAGAGCAGUCCGCAGGUUCGUUCUUCAGUGCGUAGCUCUGACUGUUUGAGCCAUAACUUGAGAUUUACUCAUCCAAAUAAGGCGUGCGAGAUACCAACAGAAAGCUCUCAAGACGAGGAAUCCGUGAAGGUCUGGUUUGCAUCAAUCGGAGUAGUGGAAGACUUCCAAAUCGACCGAGCAAAACACGACCUCGCAGAAUACGUUUUUGUAUUCAAAGUUAGGGAACGAUUUCGUCGGGAAACACCCGUUCUAGGGACUGUUUUUGUGCCUUCAGUUAGGAGUUGAACUAGCACUUUGAAGAGGCUGUUUAACACUCAAUUCCAAGCAAGGAAUCAGUCCUCAAUCUUCCUUGGCCGAAGCUUGGGUCAUUGGAUCGAGAAGGAAAGUUUUAAAGCUCAUUUGAGGUUGAGGCUCGAGCUUGCUACCUGUGCCCGUUGCUCGGGUGAUCCUUUGGAGAGAAGACGUGGUUCGUGCUUUCUCCAUUCUGUUUUGAACAUUAAUAAACAUGCUCAUGGAUAUUUUACUUUAGAGCCUGCGUGCUCAUGAAUAGCCCUGUGUGGCCCUUUUGUUUUAAACAAUGUUUUCCGCUGCGUUAUGAAUUACUUAUUAUGUUUGUUUAUGGAUGUUAUAUGUGUGAAUGAUAUUCAAGACGCCUUGUAUAAUAUGAAUGUGUUGGACUGCGGUUGACUAUUCGUAUUGUACGGCGGGUUGUUGACGUGUCCGGGGAGGUCCGGGGCGUGACAAUUAAGUUGGUAUCAGAGCCUUAGUCCAUAAACUUCAUAAUGAAGUCUCGAAAUUCUCUUUUUGAAAAUAUUUUGAAAACCAUGAGCAUAGAAGUUUUGUACUUGGAGAGCUUUUGGUACUUGGGUUGCAAGGUCUCUAAUUGUUAAGAUGGUACCCUUAGCAAUUGGUAUGGCGGUGACUCGAGCCAAAAUGUGUCUUAAGUACCUAUCCGUCAAUCGACAUUGAUACGAGUCUAACGACUCCUUCCAAAUUUCUUUCAGAAAUGGACCGUGGUGGCAGGGUUACUAGGAGAAACCCGACGGGCCGUGUACCAGUGGAGACUGGACAGGGCAGUCGAAGGACCUCUAGGGCAUCUAGAGGAGCUGGCCGUGGAGGCCGAUCACAGACCGUGAGUGACGGUCAUGUUGACACAGAAAGUGAAACCUACUGGUCCUAUGAGGACUCGACUUACCAACCGGAGACCGAGCCGGUUGAGACCCCUUACGAAGGGGAUGACGAUGAUAUAAGUGAUGAAGAAGGGGAGAAUGACUCCCUAGCCAGAAUUGAGGCGCUGCUCCAGCAAUACCAGCGGGAGCGCGAGGGAAGGAGGGAACGCCGAAGGCGCCGAGGAGGGCGAACUUCGGGUGGGGCUUCAAGAGGAAGAAGCCAUGGCGACUCUAGGGCCCACAUUGAACCACAUGGGGGCCGGGGUGAUGGAGGUCCGAUCAUAAGGAUCUCCAAAUACCUCAAGGAGGCACGAGACUUGGGGUGCAAACCCUUCAACGGAGCGGGUGACAUCUCGGUCGCCGCGGAAUGGAUCAAGAGGCUGAACGAAGCAGCCCUUGAUAUGCAACUCACCCCCGAGUUUAAGCUAAGGGUGGCGGUGAGGUUGCUCGAAGGGAUGGCAUCCACAUGGUGGGACGGAGCCAAGGGAAAGUAUGGCAACACGGUGACUUGGGAGAAUUUCCGACAGGAGUUCUUUGCCCAAUAUUAUUCUGAUUUUGAGGUGAACGCCAAGAGGAGAGAGUAUACCCUCCUGACCCAAGGGGGCAAAAUGACAGUGAGGCAACUUGAACACAAAUUCAGGGAGCUCGCGGAGUUCAUACCGGAGUAUGUGUGUGACGAGAACCGGAUGGUAAAUCACUUCUGGGAUGCCUUAGACCUGGAGGUGCGUGAGAGGGCAACACAGUUGCCUAAUAUGACCUUUAGCCAAGUGGUCGAGCAAGGGUUGAAAGGAGAGAAAGAAUGGGAAGAGAGAAAGUUGAAAAACGCCGAAGAGGCGAAGAAGAGAAGGUGGGAGAACCAUGGACCUCAAGGUCCUAGCAAAAAGGGGAACCAUGAGGGAGGGGGAUCUUUUCGGACACCCCCACUGCCAUCUAGGGGAAGUCAAGGCCCGAACGGGCAAGGAUCACGGACCUCAGGGGUAGCUCGAUGCAAUAAUUGCAAAAGGAGCCACUUUGGCAAAUGUCGUGACCCUCCUAGAUGCUUCCAAUGCGGGAACACCGGGCACUUAAAGAUGAACUGCCCACAGUUGGGUGGGGCAAGGUCAUCGGGACCAAAUAGUGGGGCUACGGAAACAAGAAACCAAGCCGGGGGUUCCCUAUCAUCUAGGGAACAUGGGGGAGCAAGCGCGAGCAACGCACCAUCGGUGAAUCAAGGAAGGACUCAAGCAAGAGUCUAUGCAAUGAUGGAGGCAGAUGCCCGAGCUAACCCGGAUUCGGUUGCAGGUACGACCGCUUAACUUCCCGUGAUUUACCCAUUCCCCAUCCAUAAAUUGAAGUUAUAAAUCCUAGGAUCCAAGUGGGAUCAGGCGUAGGGUCGAAUUCGGGAAAAGAGGGCAAAACCAUGCUACCACCCGACCGGGUAUGGCGAUAAACCCGACCGGGUAGAGUGGGAAAAUACCCACUGGAACCCAUACCCGACCGGGUAUGGUGAUAAACCCGACCGGGUAAAGUGGGAAAAUACCCACUGGAACCCAUACCCGACCGGGUAUGGUGAUAAACCCGACCGGGUAGAGUGGGAAAAUACCCACUGGAACCCAUACCCGACCGGGUAUGGUUAUGUUACCCGACCGGGUACACCUCGAUGUGUUCGUCAAAUGAAAAAGUUGUCUUCAUGAAAGUUGUAGAUCUUUUCAUUAUCUAAAUGAUGGAAUUUGAAUCGAAUCAUUUGGUUAAGUAUGUGAGGAGAUAUGAUCAAAACGGUGAGACAGUGCCGAUUUAUAUCUCAACUACGAACGUCAUCCAUAAUUGAGCAAUAUGUCCACUCUAAGGACAUAAUUUCGAACCAUGUUCUUCAUAAGAAUGGUUGGUAUAUUAGGGGGGCAUCUUACAUGGUUUAUAAAUGUUAGAACGAUAAAGAUUAAUGGAAAGGAUGCAAGGAUCCUUAUCGAUACCUGCGCGCAACGUUCGUUCGUGAGUGGACGUUCGCCGAGGACUUAGAGUUACAAUCAAUACCAAUGACACAAACUUUAGUGGUAUCAACAUCACUAGGGGAUGACGUUGAAAGAACUAGUUACUAUCCACCUUGUGAGGUGGGAAUUGAUGGCCAAACCCUGACGUGUGAUUUCGUACCGCUGAGUAUGAUGGGAUUCGAUGCAAUACUAGGAAUGGAUUGGCUAGAAAAGCAUCAUGCUAGGGUAAAUUGCUACACAAAGGCUGUAGAACUCGAAGGCAAUGAUGGAAACAACCUACGCUUCGAGGGGAAUUGAGGCAAAUCAAACAGUUGUAUCAUAUCCGCCGUGGGAGCAAGGAGUAUGAUGUGAAAGGGAUGUCACGCGUGUCUGGUAUACAUGGUUGACAAAACCAAAGAGGAAAUGAACAUCGCUGAUGUGAGGGUAGUUGUAAGUACCCGGAUGUUUUCCCUAAAGACCUGUUGGGGCUUCCACCUGAUAGGGAGAUUGAAUUCGUGAUCGAGGUCGAGCCCGGUACCGAACAAAUCUCUAUACCGCCAUACCGAAGGGCACCUGCUGAUUUUAAUGAAUUGAAGAGCCAAUUGCACGAACUAUUGGAUAAUGGGUCCAUUAGACCGAACUAUUCACCGCGGGAAGCACCAGUCCCUUUAUGAAAAAGAAAGGUGAUACCCUACGAACUCAAGUUACAUUAGGAGUAGGCCUUAAGGGUUACUCAAAAUGGAUGGAACCUAGACUAAGGAGUUGUUCAGGGAUUAGAUGACGUGACUACGAGCCGAGCUCUAGCACGUGGUAGUAUGACUAUGAGCCGAGCUCUAGCACGUGGUAGUAUGACUAUGAGCCGAGCUCUAGCAAAAUGUAGUGUGACUAUGAGCCGAGCUCUAGCACAAAUUAGUAUGACUAUGAGCCGAGCUCUAGCAUGAAGGAACAUGAGUUAGCUAUAAAAUAAUAACAUCCUAGAUGGAGGAUCUUGGAAAUUGAAACUUUGAUUAAUCUAAUUACUACAGAAAAUUCGUGGAGAAGUUUCCAGUUUUGACAUCGCCAUUGACGAAGCUCACUCGUAAGGGUCCGAGAACGCAUGCUAGCGUGACCCGUGGAGAAUUUCCGUGAGAGAGACGAGGGUCUCUUGUCACUCCGUGGCCGAGUGGGUGUACCAUCGAAUGAUGAGCUUCGAGAAUCAAUACUGGAGGAGGCUCAUUCACCGACAUACACUCCUGAAUUAGAGAAGAUACAUAAUGUGUUCCAUGUAUCCAUGCUUAAGAAGUAUGUGCAUGAUCCCUCUCACGCAUUGGAGAAGCCGCCUGUGGAGGUACGUGAGGGUUUGAACUACGCUGUGCAACCGAUCAAGGUCACCGAUAGAAAGGUGAAGAAACUGAGGAGUAAAGAAGUUCCAAUGGUUAAGGUCCUUUGGAAGAGUGAUCGGGUUGAAGAAGAGACAUGGGAAACAGAGCCUUUGAUGAGGAAGCAGUAUGCUUUCCUAUUCGAGUAGAGCUGUGAAUUUCGGGGACGAAAUUCCUGUUAAGGGGGGGUGAACUUGUGACACCGCACCCGAACGUCCUUGAAAAUUCAAAUUUAAAAAAAAAAAAAAAAAAAAAAAAAAAAAAAAUCAAAGUUUAUGUAUAGAAUUUCUGAUUCCCAAACAAUUGUGAAACGAUUGUGGUUUUAAGUAAUUAACGAUUGAUUAUUAUACUGUUCGAACUCGUAUAUUAGUAUCGGGCCUUUUUAAUAAAUAAAAGAGCCUGGCAUUAUCUAAAUAGUGAUACAUAACGUUUCGAGACAAGUUGAGGAGGGGCGGGCGGCCCAGAUAUUAUUUUGGGCUCAACCCGCUGAAAUAGCAAGUAUUCGAGAAUGGCGUCGUAGGCCCACUCGGGGGCGACCCACACGGCUUGUAGCCCAAUAAUAUGGAUGACAAAUGUCAAAAUAAGUGAUAGGAUGAUUUGAGAUGAAUACAAAUGCCUAUGAUACCAUCUUUGACAUUAUUGAGCUAAAUAAUGGGAGUAAGAUUUUCUUCUAUGAUACCCACCAAGUAAAUUAUUGAGAUGAACCUACACAUAUUAGGAGAUCAAUAAUGUGAUGAAGGAAGUUGACUUGUUCUAAAUAAAUUAGGAUGAGUACAAAAAGGCAUCUUUGACAAAAGAUAAAACAAUAGGACCCAUCUUCCCAUUUUUGGAAGUAUUGGUAGAUAUUUUGGACUCCAAGUUGAAUGGGAUCAAUUGUGAACCAUUCCACAUGGACUUAGUACCUGCAAAACAAAUGAAAAGAGGUGAGAAGACUAUAUGGGGCGGGCUCUUGGCUCACAUGCACAAAAAAUUCCAAGAGAAAACAAAAGAGGGAGGUCCACCCCAUAUUUGAUUGCAAACCAAAUACCUCCCAUGUUCUUUUGUGAGCCACAUACUCUUUUAGCAUGUUUAGGGUCUCCUAAUACACUCCCCCUACACCCCAUUCGAACCCCCAAAGAGAUAAGAGAGCAAGGGAGUCCACACAACCCAAGAGAGAAAGAAGGAGGAGAGCAGUCCGCAGGUUCGUUCUUCAGUGCGUAGCUCUGACUGUUUGAGCCAUAACUUGAGAUUUACUCAUCCAAAUAAGGCGUGCGAGAUACCAACAGAAAGCUCUCAAGACGAGGAAUCCGUGAAGGUCUGGUUUGCAUCAAUCGGAGUAGUGGAAGACUUCCAAAUCGACCGAGCAAAACACGACCUCGCAGAAUACGUUUUUGUAUUCAAAGUUAGGGAACGAUUUCGUCGGGAAACACCCGUUCUAGGGACUGUUUUUGUGCCUUCAGUUAGGAGUUGAACUAGCACUUUGAAGAGGCUGUUUAACACUCAAUUCCAAGCAAGGAAUCAGUCCUCAAUCUUCCUUGGCCGAAGCUUGGGUCAUUGGAUCGAGAAGGAAAGUUUUAAAGCUCAUUUGAGGUUGAGGCUCGAGCUUGCUACCUGUGCCCGUUGCUCGGGUGAUCCUUUGGAGAGAAGACGUGGUUCGUGCUUUCUCCAUUCUGUUUUGAACAUUAAUAAACAUGCUCAUGGAUAUUUUACUUUAGAGCCUGCGUGCUCAUGAAUAGCCCUGUGUGGCCCUUUUGUUUUAAACAAUGUUUUCCGCUGCGUUAUGAAUUACUUAUUAUGUUUGUUUAUGGAUGUUAUAUGUGUGAAUGAUAUUCAAGACGCC